AGCCAAGCUCUGGCAGCAGCUGCAGGGAUAUCUGCCCACCAUGGCCCUGGUGCUGAUCCUCCAGCUGCUGACCGUCUGGCCUCUGUGUCACACGGACAGCACUCCACCUGUUCCCCCAGCUUCAUACCCCAGGCCAUGGCUGGGAGCUCGGCCAGCUUCGGUUGUGACCCCCGGGGUCAAUGUGACCUUGAGGUGCCGGGCACCCCAACCCGCCUGGAGAUUUGCACUUUUCAAGUCUGGAGAGACCGAUCCCCUUCUCCUCCGAGACGUGUCCUCGGAGCUGGCGGAGUUCUUCCUGGAGGAGGUGACUCCAGCCCAAGGGGGAAGUUACCACUGCUGCUAUGGGAAGCCAGACUGGGGGCCGGGUGUCUGGUCCCAGCCCAGCGAUGCCCUGGAGCUGCUGGUGACAGAGGAGCUGCCGCGCCCGUCGCUGGUGGCGCUGCCCGGGUCGGUGGUGGCCCCCGGCGGCCGUGUGACCCUGCGCUGCGCGGGCGGCCUGCGGAACAUGAGCUUCGUGCUGUACCGCGUGGGCGUGGCGGCCCCGCUGCAGUAUCGCGACUCCGCGCAGCCCUGGGCCGACUUCCCGCUGCUGGGCGCCCGCGCCCCCGGCACCUACAGCUGCUACUACCACACGCCCUCCGCGCCCUACGUGCUGUCCCCGCGCAGCCCGGUGCUGGCCGUCCGCUCCGAAGACUCCAGCUCCUCCGACUACACCAGGGAGAACCUGGUCCGCCUGGGACUGGCCAGUCUGGUCCUCAUCUCCCUGGGCGCGCUGGUCGCUUUUGACUGUCGCAGCCAGAACCACGCUCCUGCUGGCGUCCGCCCCUGAGCCCCAGGGGCGCUGCAACCCCAGAAGACUUCCAACCUGAGUGGCAGAGAAGCUGGGACCCUGGGCUGGACUGUCCUUUCCUGUGGGAGAUGGGUCAUCGUCGGGGGAGAUCAGGCCUUCAGAAGGUGGGAAGGCAGCUGUGCUGUCACCCUGAGGCAGAGGGCCAGGAGUCUGUGCAAGUGAGCAAGGGGAAUUUAUCUCCACCAGGCUCCUUUGUUUCAACUUGUCCAGAAACUGACCUUUCCCACCCCCCGACCCCCCCUGUGAAGUCCCUGAAAGGGGAACAAUAAAUGCUAAUCACCCGCACAUUGCGUUUGCUCCAGGCACUCAAUAAAAGCAAGCGGCUCCUGCUUCUUGGGGCUGCUCUUAC